CAAAUGUGCUGGUUCUGAUAUGAUCAAGACUCCAUUUCUCACAACACAACACUAUAUACGUUGAAGGUGCCUGGUGACACACUCAGUCGACCCGAGCAACUUUCUCACAGCGGUCAUGGCUACGGAUGCAGAGACGGGCGAAUACCUCAAGACGCUUCCUCCGAAGCAUCUCGAGCCGCUGUGGUCGCAGAUGAGCUUGCUGGUGCCGGCACUACCAAAGCCCGUGGCGGAGCCGCAUAUGUGGGAGUACAGUGAAGUCUUCCCCAGCCUUGCAAAGGCGGGCGAGAUUGUCCCCGAGGACAAGGCCGAGCGCCGGGUUUUGAUGCUCGUGAACCCAAGUAUGAAAGCCCCUUGCACUACAGACACCAUCUACGCCGGGCUGCAGCUCGUCAACCCGGGAGAGACGGCCCCGGCACAUCGACACGUGGCGUCAGCGUUCCGCUUCAUCAUUGACGGCGAGGGCUUCACGGCCGUCGAGGGUCAGAAGCUGCCGCUGAGGCGCGGGGAUGUCGUCGUCACGCCCGCCUGGCGUUGGCACGAUCACGGCAACGAAAGCGAGAGACCGGUUGUGUGGCUCGACGUCUUGGACCUGCCGCUUUUCACGUAUGCCAGGGUGAAUUUCGCCGAGGGAUAUGGCGAGAAACGAUAUCCGAGCCAACCCGUUGAAGCAUCGGAAUGGCGCCACCCUUGGUCCGAUACACAGAAAGCACUGGAUGCCCAGACUGGCGACCACGCCGUAUAUCACUACCGCGACGUCGCGGGCGAGCCUCUCGCGAGGACGCUGGGCGCGCAAGCCGAGCGCAUCGGGCCCGGCACGGCGACGACGGCGACGCAGGACAUACGGUCCUUUGUCUACCACUGCUACGCGGGUCAGGGCUUCAGCAUGGUCGAGGCGGCGAGCGGUGGUGAGACGCUUCGGCUCGAGUGGACGUCGCGCGACACGUUUGCGGUGCCGGCGUGGUCCAAGGUGGUGCAUGUGAAUAGUUCGGAGACGGAGCAGGCGUAUCUCGUGGGGAUGCAUGACGGGCCGUUCUUGGAUGCCUUGGGCCUGCGGCAGUCGAAAACAUGAG